GAAGAAAACAUCUUCUUCAAAGAAAUACGUGGUUCCUGCUCUUUCUUCUUUUCUUCUCAUCAGAAAAGACCGAAGAAGAAAAAUGGAGUGUUGCACGAGGCCGAACCGCAGCGAUGUUCAUGUGUCAAAGGAGGAAGAGGCAAAGCUGGAGGAGUCCACCAGAGAUUACUUUGAUGCUAUGGCUCCAAAGCGCCAUACCAAGCCUCAGCGCAGCGACUAUUCUAAAACUUACACCGAUUCUUGUUCUGAUGAUGUUAUUCCUGAGCACGUUCGAUUUCAACUUCUUGAAAAUGAUCCUCAGAAACUGGGGCGCACCAGUGGAAGCCAAGCAACUGAGGAGUUCGUUGAAACAGAGUAUUAUAAAGAUCUCAACUGCAUCGACAAGCAACAUCACACGACGGGAACUGGAUUCAUUGCUAUAGAGAGCAUGAAAGGCAAAUCCUUCAGCUUAGAACCAGAUUCUGCAACAGAUUACCAUGGCUCCUGCAAGGGAAAUCCAGCGACUAAUGAAUGGAUUCCAGCAGCUGCUGAUGAGGCUGGUUUCGUCUCCGACAAACCCAAGAGGAGUGACAACUGAAGGGGAAUGAUAGAUCAUUGAAGACCUGUUCCUGAACAUGAUCCUUUCGUUGGAGAUAUUUCUCAUAUUAUGCUAUUGUUGAACUCCUGACGAAAUAAAUGCAAUCUUUCCAGUGAUGGAUGUUCUUGUGU